CAACUCAUAGAUGCCAUCAAUUCUCAGCCAAAUUCUGGUCAAAAGUGGUCAUCAGAUGAGAGCCAACCGUCGGAUCACUAUUUCAUAUACAACUCGAGCGAAACAAUUGAUGUGCAAAAAGCUGUAGCCAUUUGUCGCCAAAGAGGUCUUCACUUGCUUUCCGUAGACAACAAAAACGCGGACAACUAUUUGGUGGAUGUGUUGACCCAAUCAUCGCCGCAACUCUUUUGGAUCCGUUUAAGUAAUCUACUGAAAGACAACAGCGUUUACCGACUCGAAGGCAAAUACAAUACGAAACACGAGAAGAGCCGCAAAAACUCGGUCAACAAAUUGGACAAAAAUUCGGACAUUAAAUGCGUUACGAUUGACACCGAGAGUGGACUCUGGACGGAGAGCCGGUGUUUGGACAGCGCCUAUGGGUUCAUGUGCUCCAGAGUUGACCACAAGAGACGGCGGAUCAAAAAGAUUGUCGACCCCGUUGUCGAGACUCAAGUGGUCGUAAGGCCUGUGCCUACUGUUGAGCCGCAACCAGAGCCCAAACAAUGCAAUAUUUCGCGACAAUUAUGGGAUAAUAGUGUAAAAUACGGUGACUUUUGUUAUCUAUUUAUGAGCCAAACGGUCAGCAAUUGGGCCGACGCUGAGGAGGAAUGCCAGCGAAUGAGUGGAUCUAAUCUCGCGUCGAUCGUAGAGCCCGACGAACAAGAGUUUAUCGCCAGUUAUGCCAAAACCCGCACAAAUGUCGACCACUUGUGGAUCGAGCCCGACGAACAAGAGUUUAUCGCCAGUUAUGCCAAAACCCGCACAAAUGUCGACCACUUGUGGAUCGGUUUGUUUGGGACACAAAACUCAUCGCUAACGUGGUUUGAAUGGACAGACGGCCAGUUCGUUGACAUUACCAUUUGGGCCGCAAAACAGCCCAUUAUUAGCCCAAAGGAGACUCACAGCUGUGUGUUUAUGGACAGGGAGUCCGGCCAAUGGAGUACCGGCUUGUGUUCAGACAGCAAACCAUUCAUCUGUAAGACAAGCGACACAUUCACAGCACCAGAAGAGGAGGACAGCGGCCGACUCACAGUUGUCAAACCAUUCAUCUGUAAGACAAGCGACACAUUCACAGCACCAGAAGAGGAGGACAGCGGCCGUGAUGUUUGUCCCCAAUAUAACGCACAACAAGAGUCGGCCCUAAAAUGGGUGUCAUUUGACAAGACAUCGGGAUCUUGUUAUCUGUUUAGCUCAGAGUUUGAGCCAAACCUAUUGAGGACAACGUGGGCGGAAGCGUCGGACAGAUGCCAGUCAUUGAACGCCAGCCUAAUGUCUGUCCACUCCUAUAACUUCGAUACUGUGCUCAAAAUGACGGACAAAAUACGGGACAACACAUGGAUUGGUUUGCAUGAGACUGACGUCGAUCGGUACGAAUGGGACGACGAGUCGGCCGUAGACCUGACGUAUUGGGCGGACAGCGCCGGACACGACACGAAAAGCGAUGGAAAAAAAUGUGUGUCAAUGAGACGGGAAACCAUGAAGUGGUCGUUG